AUGACGAACCCAAGUAUCAAUGGCUGGCAGGCUCGCGGGGCCGAGAAACGAGCACGGUGCCAGAGUCUGAUACCAAAAGCCUGGGAGCUGCCAUCGGCGCUCGUGCAGAGCCUCUCACAUCCACUCGAGUCGUCAAAGAACAACCUCAUCGAACUUGGAGUCGCCCGCCGCUCAGGUUUGCUCACGGAGAAGGAGCUUAGAAUCACGGAGGCCUAUGAUGUCCAGGGCCUCCUCAAAGCGCUUGGGUCCGGGGAACUUACCUCGCUCGAGGUGACAUCUCUGCCCUUGAUUGCUGACGUUGAUGUGCAGACAUCUUGCCUCACGGAGAUCUUCUUCGAACAAGCCCAAGAGCGGGCUCGACAUCUGGAUGCCCUCAGGGCAAAAGGCGAGGUCAUCGGCCCCCUCCAUGGACUGCCGAUUAGUCUCAAAGACAGCUUCCAGGUCCGCGGUACUGACGCAACUCUUGGAUUCAUUGCCUACCUCGACCAUGGCCCCUCCCAAGAGAAUUCGUACAUGGUAGAUACCUUGCUGAACCUGGGCGCUGUUCUGUAUUGCAAGACCAAUAUACCCCAGACACUCAUGACCGCCGACUCGCACAACAACGUCUUUGGCCGAGCUCUCAACCCUUGGAACACCAGCCUCACUGCAGGAGGGUCCACCGGUGGCGAAGGUGCUCUGAUUGCGUUCCGGGGCUCACCCCUCGGCGUAGGCACUGAUGUGGCUGGGUCAAUCCGCAUUCCCGCUCUGUGCUGCGGAUUGUACGGCUUUCGACCGACUACAUGCAGAACUCCAUACGGGAAACAAGCCCCGAUCGCCAACCCGGGCCUGCGGACUAUUCUCCCCUCCGCUGGACCUUUGGCAAACGACAUAGGCGCCCUGGAGAUAUUCCUGAAGUCGGUGAUCAACUCCAGGCCGGCACUGCUGGAUUACACCGUGGCGGACGUGCCCUGGAGGACCGUCGGCCCCCCAAAGGCAAAGCUCCGGUUUGGCGUCCUUGCCGAGGAUCCUUUGCUGCCUUGGCAUCCCCCAGUCAAGAAGGCCGUAUCUGACACGGCAGAUCUACUUCGGGCACAGGGGCACGAGAUCGUAUCGCUGACCGCUCAAGAGUGCCUUACUGCAGCAAGCUACGACGUGGCCACUCAACUGUUCGGUCUCGAUAAGACAUCGGCUGAGAUACUCGUUAAGGGGGGCGAGCCCCUUGUUCCGUCCUUGGUCUUCAUCCGGGACGCCAUGAAAGAAGUCAAGUUCGACCGGGAUUUCUUGCCCGACACCAGGGGUAUCAAAGAUGGAUUGGAGAGACUCUCGAUUCUCAAUAUUAAGAGGUACGAGAUCCAAGAUCUCUGGAAGAAGACGUGGGUGGCCCGCGGACUCGAUGCCGUGAUAGGCCCCGGCGCGCAGACAACGGCAGUCGAGCAUGACAUGUAUGCGCUAGCUCCGUACACUUGUCUCUUCAGCUUUCUUGAUUACCCUGCGUGUCACCCAGGUCAGACCGUGCCACCGUACAAACCGGCAAAUCUGGAGGGUGCCCCCACGUCCAUCCAGGUUAUCACCACGACGAUGCGUGACGAGGAGUGCCUGGAAAUUGCCAAGCUCAUCGACACAUACGUGAAAGCCGAAAGAGGAAAUGGCGCAAGCGCUUCCAAGCUGUAG